UAUUGCGGUUGAGAGGCGGCCAUAUUGAAAAUUUUAGUGAAUCAGAAAAAUUAUCGUCUGCAAUGGAGUCAUAUUUUUGCUUAUCAAAUACUGAUAGUUUUGUUGGGGAAUCGCCAAAAUUAUGCAAUUUGUCCAUCGUUUCCCAAUUUGGUUGUGGUCAUUUCAGAAAAGCGUCGAUCGUUUGACAAAAUUGGCCUGAGUGUGUUGUUUGUAAAUUCUCGGUCGACCCUGGAGACAUCUUGUGAUAGAAAAGCAUUAUUGCAGCAAGUUACUUCGCUGCUGUCUGGUUUUGUCUUCGCGUGAAACGGUAACAAAAUUAGAUUGGUGCUAUUUAAGGCCUGCAAUCAUGGAUGUGUCGUGGGACGCAGAUAAUUUUGAGCCUAAACUUCCGACCACGUUGACCUCUUCCAACAAAUGGGAGGGUGAAGACGAGGAAGAAAUCGUCAAGGACAGCUGGGAAGACGAGGAAGAGGAAAAAAAAGAUGAAGAGAAAAAGGAGGCUGCUCCGCCUCCCGCGAAGCCCAAAAAGAAAAUUCACGACAAAAUAGCCGAACGCGAGCGCAUGGAACGGGAGAAGUCCGAGAGGCUUACUACGCCUGAGAAAGUAGAAGAACUCACUCCUGAAGAGAAGUUAGCUGAAAAGCUUCGUCGGCAGAAAUUACAGGAGGAAUCCGACCUCCGGCUUGCUAUGGAGACAUUCGGAGUCUCCGGCGAUGGUGGAGGCAAACUGGACAGCUUCCAUCCGACUACCAAGGAGGAGUUCACAGAAUUUUCUGACCUGUUGAGCAGGAAGAUUAACCUGUAUAAAGCUAAGGAGGAAUUCCCUGCCUUCGUCGAUGAACUGUUUAGGAAUAUUAUUGUACAAAUGGCCUCAGCGGACAUCAAAAGGAUAAAGAUGUCCGUUGACAACUUGUACAUUGAGAAACAAAAAGCAGAGAAAAAUGAGAAGUCUAAGAAACCCACUAAGGGCAAAGGCAAGGCCAAGUUAAAAGUUGAAGGUGACAACGCUCACCUCAACCAAUACGACAACUACGGUAAUUUCGACGACGACUACGAUGACUUUAUGUAAACACGCUGUAGUUAGGCCGGUACCCGGCGUCUUGACGUCGUCACGCCCUUUUUAUAUGCCAUAUCCAUACGCAAUAUGUAAACUUAACGCGAAAUGUAAACUCUAUUUUGCACCACAGUUUUGCAAUACAUUUAAUUACAAUUAUAAUUAUGCUUAUUUACACAGUGUAAACAUAUACAAAGUGUAAACAUUUUACGCCGUGUAUACUCAUAUUUACAUAAACAUUACUUUAAGCUCUAUUAAACUACUAUCAUUUAAUUAAUUCUACUAUCAUUUUCAUUCAUAAUGCAUGAUGAAAUCUUUGUCUAAAUGUUGAUUCGUAUAUAAAUAUGUCAUUGUGUUGUCUACAUUCCCAUGGGAAAAUAUUUUUGUAUAACUCUAGUGGUAAGUGAUACAUGAAUACUAUAUAAUAGAAUUUGUGCGUUCUAUGUCAUAAUAAAUUUGCUAUAAAUAAUCUAUAUAAUAGCAUUAUUUACAUUUUAAUGAUUUUAACCUCUUCCAUUUUCCACUAGUUAUUAUGAAUAAUAUAAAAUAUGUACAAAAUGAGAUUGUGUCAAAGCGUUAUUCAUAUAAAAAGGGUGAAUUAUUAUGUUUCGUUUUAAAUUAUUUAGUUAGGUAUUUUUUCAAUUAGAUGCUUAUGUGCGUGACAGUUGUAUGUAAACGUUUGGAGGCCCGGUACCUAACAGCGCCAUGUAUAGCUAUAUACAUACUUAUA